ACCCUGUAAACCAAAAGCGAGGGAAAAAUAAAAAAUAAAAAGUGAACAAAAUAGAAAAUAAAAAAGUUUUAUAUUUUACUCCAAUAAACAACACCAAAAGCCCGUCUAUUUCUUCUUCCUUCAAAAUUAAUUACAAAAAUAUCCAUAAAUUUUCCCUCUCCUCUCCAGAACCUUCUUUUACUAGGGCUAGGGUUUUCAGCUUUCAUUUCUCCGUUGCCGUUUGCCGGUACUAAUUCGUCGGAGUGUGGUGGUUGUUGGAUCUGCCGAUGGCGGAAGAGGAGGAGAGGAACGGCGGCGAUCGGAGUGAGUCGAGUGACUACACAUCGGAGGACGAAGGUACUGACGAUUACAGGCGCGGAGGUUAUCACGCUGUACGAAUCGGAGAUACGUUCAAACACGGACGAUAUGUAGUGCAGAGCAAGCUUGGUUGGGGACACUUUUCAACUGUUUGGCUCGCUUGGGAUACACAAAAAUCUAGGUAUGUUGCUCUAAAAGUUCAAAAGAGUGCGCAGCAUUACACAGAAGCGGCUAUGGAUGAGAUUACUAUCUUAAAGCAGAUUGCAGAGGGAGAUCCCGAUGACAAGAAGUGUGUGGUAAAGCUCUUGGAUCACUUUAAGCAUUCUGGGCCGAAUGGGCAACAUGUUUGUAUGGUGUUUGAAUACUUGGGGGAUAAUCUUUUGACUCUAAUUAAAUACUCAGACUAUCGAGGGCUAGCGAUUAAUAAGGUUAAAGAAAUUUGCUUCCACGUUUUGGUGGGUUUGGAUUAUUUACAUCGUCAGCUUUCUAUUAUUCACACGGACUUGAAGCCGGAAAAUAUUUUGCUAUUAUCAAUGAUUGAUCAAAGCAAAGAUCCAACAAAGUCAGGCGCUGCCCUUGUUCUCCCUUCUAGUAAAAGUAAGAUUCUUUCUGAAUCUGGUGCUUCCAAGGAAGUAAAGAGUUCAAAUAGUGACCUGACUAAGAACCAGAAAAAGAAAAUUCGGAAAAAGGCUAAGCGAGCAGCUCAAAGAUGUACGGGCAAGGAAGCUUCUGAGGAAACCGAACAAGAUAAUGAAGCCAGUAGUCCUGAAAAGCCUAAUCAUGAUGAGAAACCCGAUAAAGACUCAGUUGAAGGAAAGACUAAUACUAAAGCAAGUGAAGAUGGCUCAAUGACAGACAGAGCAAGGGAUGGGCAGCAGAGAACUCAAAGACCUAAAAGAGGCAGCCGAUCAGUGAGGCAGAAACUAUUGGCUGAUGUGGACCUUAAGUGCAAGUUAGUCGACUUUGGUAAUGCAUGUUGGACAUAUAAACAAUUCACAAGUGAUAUCCAGACAAGACAAUACAGAUGUCCUGAGGUUAUCCUAGGCUCUAAAUAUUCUACUUCAGCUGAUCUUUGGUCCUUGGCUUGCAUUUGCUUUGAGCUUGCCACCGGUGAUGUUCUUUUUGAUCCUCACAGUGGUGACAACUAUGAUAGAGAUGAGGAUCACUUGGCCCUAAUGAUGGAGCUUCUUGGAAUGAUGCCACGCAAGAUCGCCUUAGGUGGGCGCUAUUCACGAGAGUUCUUCAACCGAUAUGGAGACUUGAGGCAUAUCAGGCGAUUGCGGUUCUGGCCUAUAAGCAAAGUGCUUAGGGAAAAGUAUGAUUUCAGUGAACAAGAUGCUAGUGACAUGGCAGACUUCCUUGUUCCCAUACUUGAUUUUGUGCCUGAGAAAAGACCUACUGCGGCUCAAUGUCUCAGUCAUCCGUGGAUCAUUGGAGGCCCUCGGAGUCUUGCUCCGGCUACAACUGAUUCUACAUCCGGAGCUACUGAAAAUGGUGGCUCAGAGAAGAAGAGGGAGAAAGAUGAGAGGGAGGCGAUGGAAGUUGGAGUGGGGAAUAUUGUGAUUGAUGGAACUGCAAAGCCAGUCAAAGUUUCUCAAUCUGUAAAACCAGCAAAGCAUGGUUGAUUGAUUCAGGUUGUGGUUUUCUUGUUCCAUCUUGAUUUAACCAUUUUUUGCCCCUUAAGAAAAUUUGUGAGUGGACCAUGGAGUACUUUUGGUUCCCUUUAUACCUAUUUCAUUUGCCUCUUCAUUCUUUUGAGAUGAUCACUAAUGUAUCGUUGUUGAACCAUUUUAAGGUUUUGAUUACCCUGUAUUAGUAUCAGAGUAUUCUUUGUGAAAGUUGAAUAUCCUGUCCUUUCGUGUACUUUCUAUUUACAAAAUUACUCUUGGAUCUUAAUUGCUUGUAUCUCAUUAUAGAAAAAGUUGUGUC